AUUUAACUCAGUCCAACUUAUUCGACCCUGUAGGAAAGCAUAAGGUGUACACAGUUACAAAAAUGGACAAAUUAAUGUUAAUCUUGUUAUUAGUCUUUCUCGUUGGCUUUGCCGUCAGCUUGAAGCGCGAUGAUCGGAUUGUCCAUGGAUUCAAUGCAAAUUAUGAAGAUUUUCCGUACAUGGUGUCGAUGAAAUUUUUAAAAGAUGGAGACACCAUGUUCUGCGGCGGAACAUUGAUCGCAGACCGAUGGAUUUUGACAGCAGCUCACUGCAUAUUCAAUAUCAGAUUAAAUAACAUUAAAGUCUAUACGGGAAGCGGAACCAUUUUUCAAAAUACGCAACAAAAAGUAGAAAAGCUUAUACCGCACGAGGAUUACAUUCCGAAAGUUACCGGCAACGAUAUAGGUCUGAUUCGACUGGCCUCGCCUGUAGAUGGGAUCACAUUCGUGGAAUUGGAAUCGGAGAAAAGAAAUGGCACGGGUAUUUUGGUCGGAUGGGGUUUCACCGAACAUCGUAAGGAGAGCAGAAAAUUGCAGAAAUUGGACGUUAGGUACGGCAACUGUCCGGAAUCUUUUGCACGGGCUUUGCGCUUUGAUUCUAGAAACUUCAUCUGCACUUCAACUGAAAAUGGGAAAGGUGCUUGCGGAGGAGACUCCGGUGGUCCUUUGAUCGACUUUAACAGCAAGAAGCAAAUCGGUGUUGUUUCUAGCGGAGUUCCGUGUGCCAAAGGAUUUCCAGAUGUCUUCACGUACAUCCCUAAAUAUUUAGAUUGGAUUAAACAGAAAAUGAAAAAAUAAAUUUAUUUACUAGAAUAAAUGCAUGCAAUUAUAAUAUAUAUUUUUA